UAAAAUGAUGAUGAUGAUGAUGAUGAUGAUGAGGAGGAGGAGGCUGAAAACAGAUGAUAGCUUUGUGAUAAUAGCAAAGAACCCAGCUAUGGAAGGAGGUUUCUGAAUAAGAGCUGUGUAUGGUGGGAUUUCUUUGGUAGAUGACGACGGGCUGCAUUUGAGUGCAUGAAAUCAGCAUUUUCACUUGUCCUAGUGUGCAGGUCAGGUUGUCAGAGGAAUCCCUAAACUCAGAUGGGUCAAGCACUGUGGAGGCUUCCUCCCAGACAACAGCAGCAGCUUCAGGAAGAGCUGGCCGACCAACUGACUGAGAGCGGAGGAGGCAAACGAGACCAAGGGAGAGAUGGGAGUGGUUCCCAGAGAAGAGCACCACAGCACUGUUACAGCCCUGACAUCUAUCAUCUGCUGAAGACACGCAGAGGUAAAGAGCAGCAUGGGUUUAUAGAUCUGGAGAUGCUUCCACCUGAACUAGGUAUCACCAUCCUCUCCUACCUGAAUGCUACUGAUCUGUGCCUGGCUGGCUGCGUCUGGCAAGACCUGGGAAAUGAUGAAUAUCUGUGGCAGGGGUUGUGCAAGUCCACAUGGGGACACUGCUCUAUCUACAACAAGAGACUACCUGCUGGCUUCUCAUACCGAAGACUCUACCUUCAACUAGACGAGGGCAGCUUGACGUUCAAUGCUAACCCACAGGAGGGCAUCAGUUAUUUCAUGUCUAAAGGAAUACUAGUGGAUCAUCCCAAAGAACUGGCCAAGUUUAUUUUCUACACCAGACGGCUCAACUGGAAGAUGCUGCAGAUUUACCUGGAUGAGAGGCGGGAUGUUUUGGACGAGUUGGUGACCCUUCAUAACUUCAGCAACCAGUUCCUCCCUAAUGCGCUGAGGGAUUUUUUCCGGCACAUCCAUGCGCCCGAGGAGAGAGGAGAGUAUCUGGAAACGCUCAUCACCAAGUUCAGCCACAGGUUUUGCACCUGUAACCCCGGCCUCGUCCGUGACCUUGGCCUUAGCCCUGAUGCUGUGUACGUGCUGUGCUACAGUCUGAUCUUGCUGUCCAUCGACCUCACCAGCCCGCACGUGAAAAACAAAAUGUCAAAGCGGGAGUUCAUCAGGAACACGAGGCGAGCUGCUCACAAUGUCUCAGAGGACUUCGUCGGCCAUCUGUAUGAUAACAUAUACCUGAUUGGACAUGUGGCUGCGUAGCUUCACCUGCCGCUCCGAGGGACAGAGACUGGGCCGCGGGUUUCAUUACAAUAAUGGAACUCCGAGGAAAUUAAUUUGAGCAGAUUCCAAAUCCUGGACGGAACUUAGCAUCCUAUUGCGCCUGCGUUUUAAUAGAAAGGUUAUCAUGCCAGCCCGCUGGAAGAGAAGACAGACUUUGCUACCAAAUAUCAGUAGUUUGUAGUUUUUAAUCAAAGGUGUAAAUGAAGCUUGUUGAGUUUGCCUGAAAACACAAACUCUAAACCUGGGUUUUUACAGAAGCUCUGAUUUUUGCACUGAAACACGAGGACUGGAGGAGGAAGAAUGAAGACGAGACAAAGCACUGCCCUCCGUCUCCUCUGCUGGUGUCCCACUCGCUGCAACUGGCUCCUCAGCUUGGCCUUACAUUAUUGUUGAUGAAACUGAAGUUUAAAACAUCUUUCUCUAACACUGCUCACAUGGUGACAAUGAAACCGUGCGGGAUGCAAGCUGGACUUGACACGUAGCGAAGUUGUAAAUUAAAACAUCUGUUUGGUUCAGAUGAAGGUAAACCGUUCAGCUUCAUGUAACAUUUUUCUGAAUAUCUGACAUUUUACAUGGUUUUGCUAUGGAAACAUGCUCAGCUAACAAUUCAAAGCUGUGCAUUUCAAUCCUCACAUGUAAGCUUUGGCAACACCUCCCUGUAAGGUGCGAAACGAGAAGAUCCUAUUAGAAGGAACAUUACCUGCUGCCAAGAGUUUAACACACAUUCAACUUUAGAUGUAGUCUGACAACUUUUUCCAAGCUGCUCUGUUGGAAGUACUAAUGUAGAAAAAUUGACUCCAUUUAGUUAAAGUGACUACCAGAUUGAAUGGAAUGAAAUUACAACAGGAUUUAUUUGACUAAAUGUUCUCAUAGGGCCUUCAGGUCUUCUGCUAUCAAAAUAAGCUGAGGUGAACAAAAAAACACUACAUUUAGCGACAUCAGCGUAUGAGAUAACAGCACUUAUUACGUUUAGAGCAGCAGACAAAUGAGAGGUUUGUCUGUCCUGCUGACUUGUUUAAGUUCAUGAACCAAACACUGUUUUGUUUGCGUUUCGAGAAUCUAUGUCUUCUGAUCAAGACGAGAAUAAUUAAGACCACUUGGUGAAUUCUGCUAGUUUUUUAGUCUGCACUGGCACAAUGUAAAUUUAUGACACCCAUCAUUUACAUCCCAAAACACUGCCAUGUUUCAGUCUUUUGGCCAUGCAAGAGAAGAAUUUUACACAUUUAGGGAUUGAACCAUUAAUGUUGAAAGUGUUGAGAUCACAUUGAUUGUUCCAGUGUGGAUGGUCGACCCUCCAUCCAACAGUGUAGGCUUACUUGAUAAACUAUGGUCUUCUGAGUUGGAUCCACAUUGGUCUUGCAUCUGCAUGUGUUUGUCCCGUUUACAAUAAAGGUAGUUGAUUUUUAGCUCAUUCUACUGGUUUAGCUGUCCCUGCCACAACGUCAUGAUCCCUGCUUGACAAUUAGAUUUAUUUAUUUUUCUAUUUCCAACACUACAACUUCAGCUGAAAUUCUGAUCAAAGUAAAUCGCCCCUGCUGAAGUUUCAAAAAAGCAUUAAUCUUUGCUGAUGACGUGGGAAAAAGAAGACGGUUUUAUUUAUUUAUAUCAAUAAUAAUGUGUUCAUCCUAAUAUACGGAUCAUUUGAAGUGGUGGAUUACAUUUGUCCAUGUUUGGGUUGUUUUUAAUGGAUUUUGGAAAGUGUGAAAGCCUGCUAGCCUGCAUUUGUCGGGUCGUUGGAUGAGAAGAGGUACCUGAGAGACAGAUCAGUAAAAUGAGAUGGAGAGAGUCUGUAAAGGCUGAACUGGGGAAAUGUACCUAAACUAAAUAAAAUGAAACUUUGAAGAUUU